GUGGAGGCCAGGACAAAUUAUGCUUAAAUGCACUUUCCCCCAGAUGGAGAAAGAAAGCUAGGGCACAGAGCGCGUAAUUUCCUCACUACUUCGCCCAGGAAAACUUGUCUCUUGUCAUUAGAGCUCCAGGACCUGAGCUGGCCGAGGGCUCGCUGGCCUAUCAGAAAAUUAUUUGAGUGUGUGAACUGGCCAAUGAGGAGUGUGUUUCUUAGGUGCAGAAAGCUGCCUGCAGGUCUGUUAGUUUCCUCGCCUCAGGCAUGUGUGUGUUCUUUGUAAAUAGAUCUUAGAUCCCAUGCAUGUAUGUGUUCUUUAUAAGUAGAUCUUAGAUCCCAGGCCUAGAAAUCAAAAUCGCCUUCACUGGCAGCAGGAGCGGCAGGAGGACACCAGGACACUCAGUGGAUGGAAAUGGAGUCAGUGAGCUUUGAAGAUGUGGUUGUGAAGUUCACCAAGGAGGAGUGGGCUCUGCUGGAUCCAUCCCAGAAGAAGCUGUACAAAGAUGUGAUGCAGGAAACCUUGAGGAACCUGGCUGCUAUAGGAAAGAAGUCAGGCAAACAGAAGGUUUUAAAUGAGUACGAAAAUCUCUGGAGAAAACUAAGCCAAUUGGUAGAGAAAUUCUGUGAGUAUAAAGAAAGUCGUCAGUAUGCAAAAAUCUUCAGCUGUAUUCCAAAGCAUUCUAUGAACCUGAAAUCUUGUCCAGGACUUACCACAUGUGAUAAACAUGUGUGUGGAGAAGGAAGCAUUGGCCAUUCAUCUCUAAGUGCACCCCUGAACCAUCAAGCAGGACCCAAACCUCAUAAAGACCAGGAAUAUGGACAGAAGUUGUAUAAACAUAAGGAGUUUGGGGGCAGCUCCAGUUCUCCUCUGACCCUUCAGAUGCAUAAAAGUGCUCACACUAGAAAGAAACCUAAAAAUAAGGACUGCAAAGAAGACCUUUUUGGUCACCAAUCUGGUCAAAGGAAUGAAGAACAUGACCAUGCAAAAAAAUCUUACAUUUGCAAGCAAUGUGGGAAAGACUUCACCCAUCCCAGUCUUUUACGAAGUCACGAAAAGAGUCACAGUGCUAAGAAGCCCUAUGUGUGUGAACUGUGUGGGAAAGGCUUUGCUCGGUUAGGUAACCUUUCAAGACAUAAGAUGAAUCCGAAUUGUGAGAAGGCUUUUCUGUGCAAUCAUUGUGGGAAAACGUUUUCUCGUUCUGCUUGCCUUCGAAGACAUGCAAGAAUUCACAGUGGUGAGAAACCCUAUGAGUGUGAACAGUGUGGGAAAACUUUUCUUCAUUCUGUUUACUUUCAAAUUCAUAGAAGGAUUCACACUGGAGAGAAACCCUACGUAUGUAAGCAAUGUGGGAAAGCCUUCACUGCUUCUCGUUACCUUCAUAUACAUGAACAAAAUCAUACUGGGGAAAAACGUUAUGUAUGUAAGCAGUGUGGGAAUGCCUUCUCAUUCUGGAAUCAAUUUCAAAAACAUAAAGUAACGCACAGUGGUGUGAAUCCCUACAUUUGUAAGCAAUGUGGCAAAAACUUCACUUGUUCUGGUACUCUAAAAACACAUGAAAGAAUUCACACUGGUGAGAAGCCCUAUGUGUGCAAACACUGUGGGAAAACUUUUGCUCAUUUUGGUAACCAUAAAAGACAUGAAAAAAUUCACACUUCAUAGAGAACCUAUGUAUGGAAGCCAUGUGGGGAAACUUUCAAUGAUUACAGUUCCUUUCAAUUCCAGAAUAGAAUGCAUACUGGAGAGAAAAACCUACAAGUGUGAGCAGUAUGUGAAGGCUUUUACUUGUUCUUCCUCCAUUUUGGAGCCAUGAAAGGAAUCACUAUGGAGAGAAACCCUAUGUGUGUUUGCAAUGUGGGAAAACUUUCAGCUCUGACAAUUCUCUUUGAAAACAGAAAAUAAUCCUUACUGUAGCAAAAUCCUAUGAAUGUAAGCAAUGUGGGAAAGCCUAUAGUCAUUUAUUUGAGGCUCAAGUAUGUGAAGGAAUCCAUAGCAGCAACAGACCCUAUGAAUGUAAGACAUUUGGGAGAGGCUAUUUGAAGAUAUCUCACUUGAAACUAAUUCAUAGUAGAACUAAUAAGGGUGUUUGUAAGUAACAUGAAAAUGCCUCCUCUUUGUUAAGUCUCACAGAAAACAAACCACAAAAGAUUGAAACAGCUUAUGCGAGUAAUGUGGGGAAAUGUCAAAGAAGUCUUAAUAGAGAGAAGUUAUUCUUCUGAAUCAAUAUAGUUUUAGUACUAGAAGAUCCCUUCAAAUACAUGGAAGCAGACACAGGACAAAAGCCUUUUGGAGAAAAGCUGCAAGUAACAUGAUAAAGUCUUUUGUAUUCUUGUCAUUGUGGAGAAGAUAUGAAAUAGCUCACACUGGAGAGAAACCUUAUGCACACAAUGCAAAAGACAUUAUAGUCAUUUUGGAGAUAAACCCUUCAUUUAUAAGGAAUCUUAGAAAUCUUUGUUAUCCCAAGUUCUUUUAUAAACAUGAAAGAACUCACCAAGGGUAGCCUAAUUUGUGGCGUCUCCAUUUUCACUUUGGUAGCACUUUAAAGAAUGUAUUGAAAGAACUCCUGACAUUGGAAAGUAUGUGGGACCAUUUCUUGGUUCAACUCAAAAAUUAGGAAAUAGCAAGUUUGGGAAACAAGUUUCAUUAAGAGAUAUUUGAUUUUAAUCAGACAAUCUCACCCACUGAGUCUAUGCUCCCUUCCUUCCUUUCUGGGUGUGUUAGUGUGUGUGUAUAUAUGUGUCUUCCUUUUUUCAAUUUCUAACUUUAAAGAUUUAUUUCAUGAGUGGGUAUUUUGCCUGCAUCUAUGUCUGUGCUGCACAUGUGUGCCUGAUGCCUGAUGAUGGCAGAAGAGGGCAUUGGACCCCCGGGACUGGAGUUACAGAUAGUUUUGAGUCUCUAUGUUGCAGUGCCAGAAAUUAAGCCCAGGUCUUCUAAGCUCCAGCCUGUGCUCCUUACCACUGCACCAUCUCUCCAGCACCACCUCCUGCCUCUUUGAAGCAGGCUCUAGCUUAGAAGCCACUGUUAGCUACCUUGAUACUUAUUAUGUAGCCUAGGCUGGCCCUAAGCUCACUACAGCCUUCCUGUCUUCUAUCAUAACAUGUUUAAGUAGUAUUUUGACAGGGGAUAUAUAUAUAUAUUCCUCAUUAAAAAUAAUACACAGAAAAGCAGUUACUCUUCAUUUGCGUAUUACUCCAUUUUAAGCAAAUACCUUUUCUCUUUAUCCUUGUCUAGUCUACUCACGAAAAUAUGUAAAUAUAGUCACCUUUUGCUCCACCCUAAUAUUACAUUUAGAUUUUUAAAUUUUUUAGUGAUUUUAUUUUUUAUUGAAAAUAAAUUUUUCAUGCAUUAUAUUCUGAUCAUGUUUUCCCCUUCCCUUUCUCUUCCUAGAUCAUCUCACCUUCCUUCUCUCUCUAUGUAGAAAACAAGCAGCCGAAUAAAACAAACGAGAAUAAAGCAAAACAAACAAAAAGUAACAAGAAACAUAUACACAAACAGACACACACAGACUCAAGCAAUAUGCAUCAAAACCUAAAAUUUGAAACCAUAUAAUAGAUGCAAAAGACCAGUAAGAUAAAAAUUAUCCUAAGCAAUACAAGACAAAUCUCCAGAAUGAUCAUUGAGUUCAUUCUGUUUGGCCAUCUAUUUCAGGGCAUUGGUCUACAUGGUUUGUCUACCCGGUGCAGCUCUGUUGGGGAAAACUAAUUUGUCCCUAGCAAGUGGCUGUCAAUUAGACAUAGCGUCUUGGUAAUUGAAAUUUUCAAAUGUAUCUGGGAGUGAUGGUUCAUGGCUAUAAUCUUGGCAAUCUGAGGGAAGAGGCAGGAGGAUUUCAAAUUCAAGGCCAAUCCUUGAUACAGAGUGAGUUCAUGGUUAUCAAGGACUAUAUAGGAGGACACUUUAGAUUUUAUCAUGUUUUAAAAUUAUGUGUCUGUUUGUGGGUAUGUGUCUGAAGGUACCUGUAGAGGCCACAAGUGCUGGAUACCUUGGAGUUGGAGUUACAUGCAGUUAUGAGUUUCCCAACAUAGGCUGCUGGGAACUGAAGUCCAGUCCUCUGUAAGACUGGUAUACCCUUAACUUCAGCAAUCUCUCUAGCUCCUAAGUUACACUUUUGCCUAAUUAUAUAAGGUGGUUUCUAUAGGACACAAGCUUAGAGUCUAGGUCUUUUCCUCGGUGUAUUGUAUUUGAGAUUCAUUCAUGAUGUAUGUCAAGACUUUAUAUUGCUGAGUAGGUGGUAUGCCCUCUUGAAGCAGGACUAAGAGUUCACUUUAGUGAACAUAGUAUGUUGAUUCAUUUGUUAAGAUCUUGGCCCUCUUUCAUCUGUGUGCUGUGGUUUUCACCACAGAACCCCUGCAGGUACUAUUUUAUAUUUGCAUCUCCAGGUACACAAUACUUUAAUAAUUGACUGUUUAAAAUAUUUUUUGCCCAUUAUUAAUCAUUUAACUUCACAGGCCUUGGUAUACAUUUUUAUCAUUAUUUUUAUUUGUGUGUGUGUGUGUGUGUGUGUGUGUGUGUGUGUGUGUGUGUGUGUUGGAAGCACUGAGUGACUAAACUGUCCGUAACUGUGCUCAUGGGUGGAGGUGCUGUUGGAGCCCCCAUUCCCAGGUCAAGUACAGGCAUCUCAGUUCAAAUAACUCUGCCCUUGGGAGCAGCCUUGCAUCCUGAGGGGUGAGGAAACUGCAGUGCUGUGGGGUGAAAUGAAGUCCCCCAAGACAAACUGGUGUGGUCUCUUCUUACAGGUCACAUGUGUUGAGUCCUAUCCCAUCUAUCACAUGCCAUGAAACAGUUCAUUUUUUUGAUAUAAGCAACAAAGCCAGGUGUAGUGGCACAUGCCUUUAGUCCCAGCACUCAGGAGGCAGAGGCGUGUGGAUCAGUGUGAGUUCAAGACCAACCUGAUUUACAAAGUGAGUUUCAGGACAGCCUGGGCUACACAGAGAAAUCCUGUCUUGAAAAAUGUAUAUACAUGUAUGUGUGUGUAAUUAUGCAAAAUUGUGUAUAUGAUUUAAAGUGCUAUGUAUGGUUUGUAUGCCAAAAAUGGGGAGGGGGCCUGCAAUACCUUUCUCUUUUUGGACCCUACUGCUCUGGGUCCUCCCAGCCUCAGCUUUAUGUGUCUCCCCUUCUCCCUUCUUAGUUACCUUCAAAUGCACAAAUGAAUUCACACUAGGGGAAAAACCCAGCAACUUUCAUAUGUACAAAGUGUGGGAAUGCCUUCAUGUUUUGGAAUCGAUUUCAAAAACAAAGUAGAUCACAGUG